AUGACUGAGUUGGCCCGUUGGACUGGCUGCGUCGUUGACUCUUCCAGCUCACACAAUCCCUCCUUGACUCCUGGUGCUCCCAGUCAUUCCCGAGGGGUCAUGUUUCUUUUCAUAUUUAACUUCUGCUCUCUUUCCAAAUACUUCCCAAGACCCCAAAUCCGCAGUGCAAGUCAACAAGCAACAACACCACCAACACACCCAAACCCAACCACCGCGUUUCAAAUGUCCGCUUCCUCGAUACAUUCAACCAACAACAAAUUUGCAAUCUGGCAAACCAUAAUCAGCGUCCUCGCAGUCGCAGCACUCGUCUUUGCGAUCCUCAACAUUCCCCCUUUGCACGUGUGGAAAGACCCGCGACAGAACAUGAGCAAUGAGAGUCCUGGAACUGUUGCAGUGGGGAUCAGUGUCCAGCCAGGCACAUCGGCAGGACUGCGUACCACUCUAGGGUCCAAUGAUCUGGAGACGGCAUUGAGUACAAGAUUACGAACUGCGUCGACGACGAAGGCAAAGGACGACGAGGAGGCUCCACUGAAGAGUACACUAACACGUUCCACUGGCGAGAGGACCUCAAGAAUAGGUGUUUCGACAAGCAGGUCUCGAACCACAACCACACAAGAUCCGCCGGAGAAGCGAGCGCUAUACGAAGAAACGAGUUCUCCAAUUAAGGUUUCUCUCCUUGCUGCAGCCCAGGUCGCAAACCCUGCCCGGCCUUCCACAACUGACGAGGACGAAAAGAGUGAGACCGUGGAUGUCGAUCCCACCAGUACAAUGAACAGUGAUAUUCUUUCGUCUCCGGCCAUCACAACCCGCAGAGCCGACUUACCCACAAGAACCGCCGAGUUCGACAGCAAAGAUGGCGCAUACACUGAAACCGGAAACGACGCCCUACCACUCGGAUACCGGAGCUCGGCUCCUCUCCAUGCCAGGCUCCCUCUACUCUUAACACCCCUCAUGCACCUCCUGCUCUUCAUCACAAACACCCCUUCCAUCCUCGCUUCCUUCCUACUCUCCCUUAUCCCGCCUACCACCGCGCUCACCACGCCAGCAUACGUAACUCCCAUCUCACCUAUCCCCACCCCUACCCCAAACACCACCACCCCAAUCUGCAACCCCACCCUCCGCCCUCGAGGGUUCCCCAAAGUGAAACUCCCCAAUAUCAACCUCCCCAAAAUCAACAACCCCCUAACAUCCAAGGCCCCCGAAAUCCUCUCAGAAGUGGAGAACGCGGCAUCCACCGCCGCAGCCGUAGCCACGCAAGCCGUCGAAGAAGUCGAAGACGCGGCUCCCAACAUCGUCAUCCGGUUCCCCGAUUUCCAGCUCCCGGAGAAGGUGUGGGAGGGACUGCAAGAAAGAACAGCACUUCCGCUUCCCAAGGGCAAGGGCAAGGGCAAGGGCAAGGGCAAGGGCGAAGAUGCAGAGCUGCAAACGAGCGCUGCAACAAGCCUGCAUAACACAAACGCUCUCUUCCACCGUCUCCUCCGCGUCACCCCAACCGAGGAGAAAACGAUAGAAAGACUCCCGGCACUCCUCUUCCAUCCGACGCUCUUUUGGCUAUUCGUAGGGCUAGCGCUAUCAGGCCCGAUUCUCUUGCUCGUCCUCGUCAUCGCCUUUUUAGUCCUAUUCUUACCUGUCUAUAGUAAAUUGAAAGGGUUUUUGAACAGGUUCCAUGAUAAAUGGGAUGAGUUUGAGAAGAUCGCGGAUACGGUUGCGGGGAAGAUGGAUGCGGUCACGGGGGAGGUGGAGCGGAGGUUGAAGGAGUUUUGGAAAGAGGAUAUUGCGGGCCGGACCGGGAACGUGGCGGGGGAGGUGGAACGGUGGGUUAAGAAGGCGUUGAACGAGCCGUUGGAGAGGAUUCCGGGGGUGAGGGUUAAGUGGGAUAGGAGGGGUUUCGGUGGCGUGGAUGGGAGGGUGGAGGUGGUGGAGGGGGAGGGGGGUGGGUUUCAGGGUGGGAUUGGGAUGGGUGAGAUAGGCCCCCGGGAGUGGGUGCCGCUUAGAACUACGACUACGACUACGAUGGCGGGAAUCUUGCCAGUGGGGACGGGAAUUUCUGCUGCCGGGGCGCUUGCUAUAGCGGCGUCGAGUUACAGUAGCGGUCUCAAUGUCUCUUCUGUGGCGCUGAGUUCGGGGGCCUCGCCGCUUGAAGCGUUUUCUCUGCUUGCGUUGCUGUUUUGGAGGCGUUAG